AUGGCUACAACAGCAGAAGAAGACGAGGACGUGCCUGAGCUGACCACAUUUCAGUCUAGAGAGGCGUACGUGUACGCGCCACUGCCCCCAGCGCCGCACUAUGGCCACCGCGCUGAGCUCUGGGACGUGAAUAAGUGGCUGCGGGAAGUGAAAGUGCGCGUGGUCACCCGCCAGGACGACUGCUUCGUGCGUAUGGAGGACCUGGAAACUGGCGAGCUGUUUGCCGAGUGCCCCCUGCCCAGUGAUGGGACGUCCCUCACCACGGCGAUUGAGCCGGUCGUCGACUCGUCCCGCUACUUUGUAGCCCGCAUAGUUGACAGAGGCGACAAGAAGAAGCACGCAUUUGUUGGCCUUGGCUUCAGGGACCGAGCAGAUGCGUCGGACUUUACGGCGGCGCUGGACGACUUCCGGCAGCUCGUGCGGCGCAGCCGCGAGGCGGAGGCGAUGCGGCUGCGGUUCGGGAGCGGUGGCGGCGGCGGCGGCGAGGGCGGCGCGGCGGCCGGGGAGGGCGGCAGCGGCAGCAGCAGCGGUGAGGGCGGUGGCGGGGCCGGCGGCGGGUCGGCGGAGGACUACCGGCUGAGGGAGACGAUCACGCUCAAGCUCUCCAGCAGCUUGAAGCGCUCUGGGUCUGGCGACGGGGACGGGCAGCGGAAGCUUCUCGGGCGGCUGUCGGGGUCAUCUGGGGCGUCCGCCGCCAUGCUGGCCAGCCCGCUGAGCGCGCUCAAGCUGCAGCCGCCCCCGCCGUCGCCGGCCAGCGCUGCGACGCGGCCGCGGGAGCCGCUGCCGUCGGCUUCGCUCAGCGGGGGCGGCGAUGGGGGGCCGGCCAGGGAGACCGCAGAUUCAGACAACUCAUUGGCAGCGGCGACGCCAGCAGAAGCAUCUGGGGCACCGGCAGUAGGACUAGCGGUCGCUGGAGGUGUUGCGCUCGCGGCCUAUGGCCUGAAGCAGGUCUACGACAACCCCUCCCGCACAUACGACGCCAACGUCGGCGAUGAGUAUGACGCGUGGACCGAUGAGGGCAUCCUGGAGUACUACUGGGGCGAGCACAUCCACCUCGGCUGGUACACCGAGGAGGAGCGGGAAAAGGGCUGGUGGAAGGCGGACUUCAAGGCGGCCAAGCUGCGGUUCACCCAGGAGAUGUUCCGCUUCAGCGGCAGCACCACGCCCAAGCGCAUCCUGGACGUCGGCUGCGGGUUUGGCGGCAGCAGCAGGUGGCUGGCGUCGCAGUUCCCAGAGGCGGAGGUCAUCGGCAUUACGCUGUCCCCGAAGCAGGUGGAGCGGGGGACGCAGCUGGCCAAGGAGCGCGGACUCAACAACGUCACAUUCAAGGCGAGCGCCGCGCUGCGCUGA